AUGGCUGCCGUGCUUCCCGCCUCACAGGAGAGGCACUCGCGACUUUCCCCCGAUCCUCUACGGUGCCCUAUCGCUCAAAGAUAUUUCUUGGAUGACUCGGACGUGAUUACAGUAAAGUCGCCUGCCAAUGAUUACUCCCCAAAAGAUUGUCCGAGUCCAACUGUAUCCUCGGCGCUUUCUCCAUUUCCCCAUUCUCCCGAUUUCGCUGGAACGGCUCCUGUUCAUUUACUUCCUCCUUCUACAACCCUCAGUAGCCUCUCAUUCUGUGUACGUGAUGGGCAGGAUGAUGAUGAAGAUGGUGUUGAUGAGAUAAUACUGCCAUCAUAUGACGCAGGUCCAUGUGCCCCGAAGCUACCUGAAGCUCCUAGCGAAGCCUCGACCGAGUCCUCGACAGACAUACAUCGUGUGAACUUGCCGAGACCGGCCGACGACAGUUCGAUUGAAGAAGAACCAUCGAGACAUGUUGAUUACCUUGCCCAUGAGUGGAAGGAGGAGGAUAUAUGGGCCUCUUGGCGAUAUGUGGUUGCUCGACGAGAAAUAUACGAUCACGGCGUGAGGCUAGAGAAUGCGUCGUGGAGGACUUGGGCAAAGCUGAAGUUGAACAGGGGAACAGUAUCGCCGGAAACCCUCAACUGGCUGAAGGACUAUGACGUGACCUGGUUGUAUGGCCCGUUAAAGUCGUGUAGGAAGCGCAAGACUGUCUCUAACGUCUCGCCACCCCCAAGCCGCCUUGAAACGCCUACGGAUAGAAAGCCGAUCCUCAAGAAAAGGACGGCUUCUGAAACAAUACUGCAGCGUUCCUUGUCGCAGCAUACUCUCCUACAGCAUGCAGGCGCCAUUUUGAAGGCACAGGAAGCGGAGGUCAGCCGUAAUCGACCGUCCUUCUAUCGAUACCCGUCGAAACUGGGACAAACAUUCAGUCAGUCUUCUGAGGGUUAUUCGCGAACGUCCUGCACGGCCACGCCAAUCAACGGGUCUUCGGGAACAGGCUCACCCUGCGAAAAGCGUCAUAUACAUUUCAACAACGAAGUAGUGCAGUGUAUCGCAGUGGAGGCAAAAGAUGAUGAUGACGACGAUUGGCCCGCAAUGAACGAUGGCUCAUCUUCGGAGGAUGGCGUUGUCAUGAUGAGACGGGGCUCAUGGCAAACCUCGACAAGCGAGAGGAGUACUACUCCGCGAAGCAGCUUUAGCAGUGACAACAGGACCAUUGCACCACUCCCAUCUACCACACUCAAGUAUCGGGGCGACACCCCGGAGCCACCGGUGGAUUCCAUACUCAAUCGCUGGUCCGGUUACUUUACAUCGUACUCUUCUCCCUCUAUUGAGACAAGCCAAGCCUCAGAGCUGGCGGCGAAUUUCUUUCUGGACGAAGCGGACAACGAUCUAGAUUUCAAUUGGGAGCCCACUCAAAGAUUACACGACUCGACGAAUCAAAAUCGACCUUGGUUUGUUAACCCUGAAGACGAUGCGGAACUUGACCGACAUUGUCUUUUAUCUUCGGGAGUUUCAUAUGAUGAUGCGGAACCCGCCAAUGCCACUAUUUUUGAUCGAGUAGUCGACACCGUCAACACUGCUAAAGACAUCGCUCAUGUAAUAUGGAAUGUGGGCUGGCGGCGAUAA